UUGUUUGCAAAUUUUAUCAUCCAACAAAUAAUAAAAAUGAGCGGCACGGGUACAGGAAGAGGAUCAGGACGCGCCCACUUCCGAAGCAAGUCUGGAUGCUGUAUUUGUGGGACCAAAUCCUCCAGUUCACGAUUCACAGCUUCUGAGCGCUAUGCCGAACAUUUUGGCAAUUGCUUCGGUGAAGGUGCUACAGAUCGUUCAGGCGAUCUCUGUAAUGCAUGUGUACUCUGUGUCAAACGCUGGCUUAGUCGAGGGAAAGAAAUCGGUCGUUUCAAACAGGUAUUUUUAUCAUCCACCUCUCCUGUUCGCCUGUCCAUAACUAUGAACAUAACUUAUUAA